UUGUUUUCAUAUUUUUAACUGAAAGUUAGGAGUAAAUGUGUUCUGAGCUGAAAGCUUACAGUUAAUAUAAUCGCAGUAAGUUAUCAAGUCGUGUAAAAAUGUUUUCUACGAGUUCCCAAAAGAAAUUUUGGACGUUCAGUGAUGAGAGCGAGCUGGCUCGGCACCGAGAGAAACACAACAUCAACUUCAUAGCAAAACAUGGGCAACAUCUAGACGAGUACCAGAGAUAUAACUUUUUUUUAUCGCCAGAAGAAGAGAGAUUACUACUCAAGCAGUAUGAACUCCACCUCAGGGAUUUCUGCAAGCGUUUCGCGCCACCUAUGCCGAAAGGAGUCGUAGGGACCGCGUUCCACUAUUUCAAGAGAUUUUAUUUGUACAACUCCACUAUGGACUAUCAUCCGAAGGAGAUUCUGGCCACAUGCGUCUACUUGGCGUGCAAAGUAGAGGAAUUCAAUGUUUCUAUUGGUCAGUUCGUAGCCAACAUCAAGGGUGACAGAGAAAAAGCAUCUGACAUCAUAUUGAAUAAUGAACUUUUGCUUAUGCAGCAGCUGAAUUAUAAUUUGACAAUACACAAUCCUUUCCGGCCUGUGGAGGGCUUCCUCAUUGAUAUAAAGACGAGAUGCACAUUAGCCAACCCAGAACGAUUACGAGGAGGAAUUGACGAGUUUCUAGAGAAGGUAUUCUUGACUGAUGCUUGUUUAUUAUACGCACCCUCUCAAAUAGCCCUAGCUGCGGUGCUGCAUGCAGCCAGCAAGGAGCAGGAAAACCUAGACAGCUACGUCACUGAUACACUUUUCAGUAACGCAGGUCCUGAUAAAUUAGCCAUUUUGAUUGAAGCGGUCCGGAAAAUAAGAUCUAUGGUGAAGUUUGUGGAGACACCAGCGAGAGAGAGAGUGAGGUUGAUUGAGAAGAAGCUGGACAGGUGUCGCAACCAGGAGAAUAAUCCUGACAGCGAGAUUUAUAAGAGGAGAAUGAGGGAGGUGUUUGACGAAGAUGAUCCUCCGCAGACUGGGCCUAGCAGGAUGUCACUGGACACAAGCGGUGUGAACCAAGUGCUGUCUCCGUCCGCGUCAUAAUAGUUGCCACGACGAU